GAGAGUCGCCACCUCGCCCGCUCAUUCUCCCGGGAUAGAGUGCCAAGCGAGGACCUACUUUUCUAAACUGACUGCUGCAGCAGCUUCCGCUGAAAAACAAGUGCUGAACAAAACUGAUUUAGUGUUGCUUUCAUUGAGUUAUAUUAGUGAAGUUACAGUGACUUGCGGUUGUGGUGGUUUUAACCAGUAUUGUGUACUGAAUAUUAUCGUCGCGUAAAUAAGAUAAAACAAAAACUAGAUAGCAGACGGCUACGUGCCGGUCCAUAUUUACAACCUCGAUACGGAUAUGAGAUAGUGGGAAGCGGGUGGUAAUUGUGAUCGUGCAAUGUUACAGGCGAUGAGUAAGUAGAGGCCUUGACUCAUUCAUAGAGAAGAGGAGCAGGAGGAGGCGCGGGGCCUAGCAAGGUGAACGAAGUUUGUCUUAAAGAGGUUUAACAGAGCAAGCCAGUGACAGCCACCACCGAACGAGUUCGUCGUUGCCGUUACACAACGUAACCAGAUCCCAGCCAGGAAAGGGUUUAACAUACGGAAAAUAGCAAAAAUUUCCGAUACUGACAUAGCGUAAACACAAUAUUGCCAUCACCGCGAAAAGUAGGUUUGUAUUAUGAUAGAAACCUCACCCGAGAACAAUUGAAAUCUGGCCAAAGGCCAGUAACAGACCAUUCAUACGCCUCUUUAAACAGCAAAUUAUAAAUAAAAGAGAAACAUUUUAGCACAGAGAAACAAAGUAUAAAUCGUGCACAAGAAACCCUGAGCAACGAGCCUAGCAAAUAUCAAUAUCAGAGUGACGUCUUGAACCACGAAUGUACAGAAAAAAUUGUGAACAAGUCUAGGUAACAGUAUAAAUAGUUUUUAAGAGCGGCUAUUUGAUUCCAGAAAUUUUACACGGGAAAUAAAGUCUAGAAACCUAAAAGUGAAAUAAUCAAAGAGAAACUCCUUUAAAGAAUAUCAGGAUAUUUCUAGCGGAGUUCCCCCUCACAACGCUCAAGGCCAGAAAUUCUGCAGGUAAAGAGCCUUGCAGGAGUUUUCUUCCAUGAUGUCAACAGACAAGUAUCCUGGCAUGAGUUGUCCCUGCCCUGGUAGCGAUGUGGACGCCUGGAUAUCCCAGCUCAAGAAGAAGCAGGCGUUGGAUUAUCACCAGUUGGAGAGCCUGUGUUCCAAGGUGAAGGAGGUGUUGACGGAAGAGAACAAUGUGGUGGAGGUGUCGUCGCCAGUGACGGUGUGUGGGGACCUCCAUGGCCAGUUCUACGACCUCAUGGAGCUCUUCACAAUCGUAGGCGAGCCUCCGGAGACCAACUACCUCUUUAUGGGUGACUACGUAGACCGGGGCUACUAUUCAGUCCAGGUGGUGUCACUCCUGCUGGCAAUGAAGCUCCGGUAUCCGCAGCGAGUAACGCUGCUUCGGGGUAACCAUGAAUGUCGGCUCACUACACAGGUCUACGGGUUUUACGACGAGUGCUACGCCACCUACCAGAGCUGCGACGCCUGGAAAUGUUUCAUGUCGGUGUUUGACUGUCUGCCCCUCACCGCCCUUGUCGAUAACGUGAUCCUGUGCAUGCACGGCGGACUCUCGCCCUCCCUCGACUCUAUUGACCAGAUUCGCGUCCUGGAUAGGUUCCAAGAACUGCCUCAUGAGGGUGCCAUGAGCGACCUCUUGUGGUCAGAUCCUGACGACUCCGGGUGGAGGGUUGGUUGGAGAGACAACGCCAGGGGCGCCGGGUACAUGUGGGGCUCCGACAUCUCCCACGACUUCACGUACAGUAACAACUUGGCAUUCGUCUCGCGGGCGCACCAGGUUCAGGACGCGGGGUACAAUUGGUACCACGAUGGUAAGGUCAUUACCAUAUUCUCCGCCCCAAACUACUGCUAUCGCGUCGGGAACCUCGCCGGGUACAUGACAGUGGAGGAGGGCACUCAUACUUGCUACACAUUCGAAGCGGCGCCUAGAGAUGAAUCCGAAACGCUUUCCAAGAAUUAUACAACAUAUUUCUGCUAGCAUCUUCUCCCUCCUUUAUAGUAUCCACAUCAAAAGACAGCAUUUAAAAUCAUAUAUUACUUCAUACACAAGAGAGAGGAAUCGCGGGUCGAUUCCAAAACUUGUGCCGUUCGGAAACCGCCAUAUUAUGGCUCCAGCUGUGAGUCAAGGAACCUUGAUAUAAACAGUUGAAAACCGUUGUUUGUAAUAAAAUGUUCGGAUGGGUAAUCAGUGAACAUACGCUUGUAAGGUUGAGAAUGACGACGGACGAGGAAUUGUGUGUAUGGAAACGUUCCAUUGGAUGAAUACUAAGUCAGCCUCAGGAGUGAGCUCAUCCGUGAACUGCUUCGAACAGACCUGCCAGCAGCGACGUCCUUCGCCACCAUAUCUCUUCCCAGGACGAAGUAGAAAAAAAACCACGAUACCAAAUCUUCCUAUACCUCUACCAAAGUUUCUUUCAUUCCUAGUCCAGAGAGCUUAGGUACCACUGUAAUCCAGAAAUAUCUUAAAACGUUUAGCCGCACCACAUUCGCCAGUGUGCCUUUAAAAGGAACUUAUCAAAUCUAUUCACACGAAAAAAAUAUAUAAUAAUUUGAGCAUUUCUGUAAUAAAUACGUAAUGUACAUCCCUGGCAUCUCCCCCCAGUCUAAAUGCUUGCAUGUAUUCCACUGAAGGACAUAUAUUUUUAAAUAAAAAUAUUAGACGAAGCAGCGAACGAGAGCUUACGAGACGUACUGUGAUAUUAUCAAGUGCCAGUAUAUACGAGUAUGUAAAACCUAUAGAUACAAACCAGUAAAUCCUUUAUAUAAUUAUUGAUUUUGCCUUACUGUGGAACUAUCUAGCAAUGAACGUACCUGUUAUUUCUAAUUUUUUAUAUUUAUGUGUUUGCUUAUAUAUAUAUAUAUAUAUAUAUAUAUAUAUAUAUAUAUAUAUAUAUAUAUAUAUAUAUAAGGGGAUAUCACCUAUGGUUGUUUGUAGGGACCCUCAAGCCUCGUAGAAGAGGAUAUUCAGCACUCGGGGAGCUUUGUCUGACUCCCAUGUGCGCUGGUACAUAUUGUCUUCUACCACUAUAAUAUUAUAUACAUAUACAUAUUAUAUAUAUGUGUGUAUAUCACGAAAAUAAACACGUGAUUAAAAAUGUGACAAUGUCAGACCACGGAGGAAAAAUGAAACAGGAAUUUCUUGAAAACAGGAACAACAGGAAUGAAACAGUUGAAAUUGUUUCAGGAAUUAAACAGGAUGAAACAGUUGAAACAGGAAUGAAUGCCUGUUUCAUUUUUCCUACGUGGUCUGACAUUGUCAUAUAUAUAUAUAUAUAUAUAUAUAUAUAUAUAUAUAUAUAUAUAUAUAUAUAUAUAUAUAUAUAUAUAUAUAUAUAUAUAUAUAUAUAUAUGCCAUUUGCUAUGUAUCUCGUCUCUUAAUGUGUGUAAACAUCGGAGUCUUCAUCUUGUAUGCUUCCGAUUUUCCGAUUUGUUUGUACUGAAUUAAACCACUGUGAUAUAUGUACCAAUGGGAGAUCAACCUGCCACACAGACUCCUUGUCUUGUAAUACACGACUCGCACCAACAUGGGUCAGCAGCCCGUCCUCAUAAACACUGGCCCAAUGCCCGUUAAUUAAACCGGCAGCUAAACCCCCCUUGUUUACGAAUGAAUGAGUUCACAUACGACUCUACCCAUAAACGUUCAAAUCUCGCCCUUACGAAAGGCUUCACCCACUUAAUAUAAACACAAAUAACUGCCAACAGCAUCAAAAUACUUAACUUAUCCAAUCCUAUGUCUAACUGUAUACACAGUUUUAUAUUAAUACUAAUUUGCAUAUGAGAAAACAUACUUUUUGGUUACACAGUACUUAAAAUUUUACGAAUGCGUCUUUGGGGUCGGCCGCAGAAUGGACCUAGAUAUCCCGAGGACGGUGUGAUAAUUCUUUGACAUUGAUGCUUACAUAGAUGUGACAGAGAACGACUCCUAGACAGACGUGACAGAGAACAUGACGCAAAUUAUUUGACGCAGAAGUCUCCACAUUCGUUCCCACAGCGCUACAUUAUUGUAUUUUGCGUUCUAAUAAACAUAUUUAUUGAGA